CCUGUUUGCAGGAUGCCAUCAGUAGUUUGGCAGGAUGUCAAAACGUAUUCAUUUUUAGAUUGUCAAUGUUUCUCGCCUGAAUAACACGCCAAAAAUAGUAAAUGGGAGUUUUCAGUGCAACCAUAUGCUGGUAGGAUAAAAGUUAAACUUGGAUUACUCCAAACGGAUGUUUGUUUUACGAACAAGCCUUCACCGCUAGCAGCCAGCGGUUUGCACGGCGCGCAAUCAAAUUACGAUUAUAAUUUACAGCCAAACACGCGAUUAGUAUUCAAUGUGGCAUUCCCAUGUUGAUGGUCCAAUACUGAAUUGUCUCGCAACGGCCACUAGACCUUCUAUGGUGACACUUAUACAUACUGUGCGGCCGUACGACUCGGCGCUCGGCGUGAAUUUAUCGAAUGUUGAUUCAUACAUACCUACCAACUAAGCUAGAGAAAAUUGUCUCCUUAUAAUUCUGUUCUCCAUAGUUGUGUAUUGAAAUUCUGCUACAGCACAUCGCGUGUCGUUGGCUCCCCGUCGGACUAGAGACGUACCACGAUGUCCUCGACGAGGCUAACAAGCGCCUGGGAGGACAACAAAUCCCGCUCGGAAACCGUCCUGUACCCGGAGAAGUAUUCCACUUCCGCUAAUGGGCGGUAUCCGUUUUCGAACAGAAUGUCCAGAAAUGGUAGCAGGGAUGACAAUAAGUUGCACAAAAGUUUGGAGGAAAUCUCCAAGGACAUUAAAGAGUUGGAAAAUUUCAUCUCGGUAACGGAGGAAAUGCUGAAACGUGAAAGAGAGUUCGAUGAACAACUUUAUCGGAGAGAGCGUCAGCGUAAGGUUUUGGAGAAAAAAAUGCAACAAAUAAAAAAUAAGUGCAGUCCCACCAAAAUUUGCUUCGGUCGGACAGACAGUUCCAAAAUAAAAUCUCCCACGUUUAGAGUGAACAUAACGCAGAAAAGGCGCAUCAAGACGCUCAGUCCCAAGAGCUACAAAUCCAAACUGUACUUCCGUAACGGGAAAAUUGGCUGCCUGGAAGCCGAGGGGGCAGUGUCCAAUUUGAGAAGCACACAUGAGUUGGUAAAAAGAAUAAUUAAUGAUGAGAAUAACAUGUUGGUUAAAUUAGAACAUCAGCACUAUACAGUGGAUCCUAAGCCGGAAUCGCCAACCUCAGUUGGAACGCCACUCGAGACUUUAGAAAUUUGCGUCACAGAAUCGAGUCCUUCGUUGUGUGAUGGGACAUUCAAGGCGCCCACUGGCGAGCCUGACGGUAGCGUGUCUGAGCCCCAGAACGAUAACAAUGCCAGUAACGAGAGAAUAAUUGAGGAUAGGGAAAAUAUGAGUCCACCACCCAAUGCGAAUGAUUUUGUAACAGGUAGACUGAGACAUCUUGCAAAUCGAUUUUCUGAACGGACAAAACGAAUGAGAAAUAAAUUGGAGAUCCCUCCCACUCCUUCCAGUAGCGCUAGUGGGCCCUCGACUGCUCCCUCGACACAGAAGCACAACAUUGAAUUGCGAGCAAUUCAAAACUCUGCUCUCACGCUACAGUCAGCGACAGGAACAAAUGCAUGCACGCAUCACUACUUUUGUCCAAUAUUCUGCAGUGGGGCGAAAACGAAUACUGUUCUAGACCCUCAGGGGAAGUUCUAUAUCUCCUGGCUGUUCAUCGUAUCACUUUCCUACCUGUACAAUGCUUGGGUCAUCCCGCUGCGUUCGUCGUUCCCUUACCAAACUCCAGAAAAUACAAAAUAUUGGAUUGCUGUCGACAUAUGCGCGGAUAUUAUCUAUUUGAUUGACAUUCUAUUCGUGAAGCACAGAAUCAUGUAUCUGUUCGAGGGAUUCUGGGUCAAGGACACAAAUUUAACCCGAAUCAACUAUAUGCGGAAGCUACAGUUUAAGAUGGAUCUGCUAGCUCUCAUGCCACUGGAUCUGUUGUACUUGAAAUAUGGCACCGAACAUGUGGUGCUUCGGGCUCCACGAUUGUUGAAAAUUCAAAGCUUCUGGGAGUUCUUCAAACUGAUCGAUCGGGUCAUCUCUUCGCCGCAUAUGAUACGCGUUGUUAAAACGCUCACUUAUAUGCUGUACAUGAUUCACCUGACGGCAUGCUCGUACUACGCGUACAGCGCGUAUCAAGGUCUGGGCUCCAAUCGGUGGGUAUUCAAUAAUAAGGGCCAUGCGUACGUUCGGUGUUUCGCUUUCGCUACGAAGACCGCAACUUCGAUAGGGAAGAACCCCAAACCGGAAAAAGAGGGCGAACUGAUGUUCAUGACCGCCGCCUGGCUGAUGGGCGUUUUCGUGUUUGCCCUGCUGAUCGGUCAAAUUAGGGACAUUAUAGCUACCGCUACCAGGUCGAAAUCGGAGUACAAACAGCUGGUGGACGAAACACUGGAGUAUAUGAGACAGUUGAAUCUACCAACGGAUCUUCAGCGGCGCGUCAAAAUGUGGUUCACGUUUACCUGGGAACAGCAAAGAAGUUUGGAUGAGACGCACAUAAUGGAUGCCUUGCCUGCCAAUCUGAAAACCGACAUCGCGAUUUCGGUUCACAUCCAGACUCUCUCCAAAGUGCAACUGUUUGCUGAUUGUGAGGAAGCUUUACUUCGCGAGUUGGUAUUGAAAUUGCGAUCAGUCACAUUUCUGCCCGGUGAUUACGUCUGUCGCAAGGGUGAGGUCGGAAAGGAGAUGUACAUCGUGAAAACAGGACAAGUGCAGGUAAUGGGAGGUCCCAAAAAUGAUGUCGUGCUUGCUACUCUAUAUGAAGGUUCAGUGUUCGGGGAGAUCAGCUUGUUGGCCAUCAACGGAGCUGAAGGAAAUCGACGAACUGCUGAUGUGCGCUCCAAGGGAUUUUCCAACUUAUUCGUCCUUUCCAAAUCCGAUCUGAACGAAGCCAUCGUUUAUUAUCCAAAUGCGCAAGCCAUUCUUAAAAAACGUGCCAAGAGCUUGAUGCGUAAAAACGCUGCCCGCGAAAAAGCGGAAUCCAAACAAAGUAUCAACACAAACGAUGCCGACACGGAUGUGGUCAUAAACAAUCCCCAUCGUAAGAAUUCACCGAAGCUAUUGAAAACUGUCAUCCAAGCAUUGCCAAAAGAAUCUGCUGCUGUUCAACUUCUCACUCAAGGAUUCAAGAGUGAUCUCGUGAAGCAAGAUAAAAUCGAUCAGCCGAGUAUGUCGGAAGAUGCUAUCUCCACGCGCAGUUUGGAAGUUCACACCACUCAAGUUCAGAUCGAAAACGAGAAGAAUGUCGAGUUGCCUUGCGAUCUUGUGUACAGCAUUAGAAAGGAACUGAUGGACAACAACAGCUACAUCAAUCUGACUGACACGGAAAAGUAUAAGCUAUUGAAUGAUUUGUCCAACGCUGAACGCGAUCAUCAAAAGUCCCCUGUUUGAGUAAAUAUUUGUGCACAUUGGAAUAAAUAAUGGGCUAUAAUUGUUUGCGAGAGGUAAAUAUCGCUACCCCCCGAAGUAUCGCAAGUAGGGAAAAAAUAGUAACCGCACACAUAAAAAUCUCGUGCUGACAUAAAUAAGAAUUUCUCAACUUUGCACCUGCAAAUGUCUGUCGACAGAAACUAAUCAAUGUCAAUGCCAGUACGGCACCCACAUUUAUUAUAUCGUGACUGGAAAUAAAUCAUUUUGAAUGACGUGUAAA